GCUCAUAUAGUGCCCACAUGGUACCAUGCACUCGUCCCUACGACAGGUCAAAGCCCAACGCCAAAUUGGACUCUAGAAGCACAAUUUAAUAUGAUGCAACAUGUCAACAUCCGCAAAAGUGUCUUGUCCAUCUCGUCGCCUGGGAGCACUGUCUACGCAGACGACGAGGCAAGAGCAACCGUGUUGGCAAGGCUGCUGAACGAAUACCUAGCCGCCCUGUCUCGCACUUACCCAUCUCAUUUUUCAUUUUUCGCCGUCACGCCAUUACCUUAUGUCGAUGCAGCCAUCAAAGAAGCACGAUAUGCACUCGAUCACCUGGGUGCCGCGGGUAUAGGUCUUCUCUCAAACCACGAAGGCUAUUAUCUUGGAAACUCCCAAUUUCAGCCUUUCUUCUCCUUUUUGAACAGCACCUUGAACAACACCGCCAAUGAGAUCAUCUUCGUUCAUCCCAACGAACCAUGCAUGAGAAGCCCAAACGGCAAUGGCAGCUUAAUCAUCGCAAAUCCAACAGUCUACCCUGAUGGCUUGGUAGAACUCUACUUUGAAUCCGCAAGAACAUUCAUGGACCUGACUCUCACGUCCACUCUGUCCACCUUCUCGAAGCUCAACUUCAUCGUCCCCCACGCUGGCGGUAGUUUUCCUUCCAUAAUCAGUAGAAUGCUCUCGAGUCUUUCUCCCAGGGCAUUCGCUGCACAGUUGGAGGUUCUCAAGCAGAGAUUAUGGUGGGAUACUGCUGGCCCGACUUUUCCUUAUCAGGUCGAGGGGUUACUGGCUUAUGGGAUUGAAACGGACAAAUUGAUGUUGGGUACCGAUUAUCCAUAUGUGCCUAGGGCGCCAGUUCAGGUGUACAAGGUAUUCGCGGAUGAAGUGGGAGAAGCGGACUUCUUGAAUGCGACAGAGAAGGAUGGGGUGUAUCAUGGAAACGCUGAGGAGCUGUUUGGCGCUCGACUGAGGUGA